AUGAAUAAGAAAAGGGUUGGGAUUUUUGCGGCCGUCAUAACUGGCAUCGUGAUUCUUGUUGUUGCCAUCGUUGUCACCGUGGUUUUGGUUACCAGAAAGAAGGACAAGAAACCGGAAAGUCCCAGUCCCAGUCCAUCAUUGGACGAUAUAAUCACUGCUAAUUCAACAUUUCCCAAUGGAACUUAUUCGAUUCUUGUCAGUUCCCUGAAUUCUGGUCCACCCGAGCAAGCGCCGCUUGCCGUGAAUCUCACCAUGUUGAACUCAUUGGGAAUGAUUGUUGACAAUUCAUCUUUCAUUGCUCAAGCCAACAGAUUGAGUUAUUUAUUUGUACGCCUCCCAGAUGAUUCUACAAAUGCUAACAGAGUGCAACAUCAGCUGAUGAGUCCAAAUGGGGGAAAUGUUGGGAUUCGAUUUGGAAACUCAGACACUCUGAACGUAAUCCCAUUGAAUUUGUCGCUAACACUCAAUUCGGGAGUUCGUUUUCUCGGCGCACUCUCGGAUCGCAGUCUUGUCUACGCAUUGGAAGUGACGAUGGCUGACGCGAUGUGCUCGAGUGAUGAUUCGGGAUCGUGUUCGACCGUCAAUUGGACACCAUACUCGGUCUCAGACGGAAACCUCGCAACAAAGUCUACUUUUGAUAAUGAACUUCCCGUGGCGUGUGGCUCUCAAUGUGAUUUUGGUGACAAUUCACCGUGUGCCACAACCUGUUAUACAUGCGAUGGACAACAAGUCGCCGGGGAAAACACCCCCAUAAGUCGAGUAUACAAUAUGGGUUCCACCGAGGCCACCAAUCUGCAAUUCGUUUAUGAAACCUACGAAGUUCCGGACAAAGUCACUGUGUAUUAUGAGGGAAAAGUCAUUUUUGAUAGUGGUUGUCUCGGAACGAAGGGAGCACGAACUGCUCCUCUUAGUUAUUCAGGAAAAUCCUCUGAAAUUCGAGUCGACGUGACGCCGAAUUGUCUUGGUACGGAGGACACGGGAUGGUAUUUCAUUCUUCAGUGUCCCGAUGCGACUCGCAAAGGCUUUGACGCCUCGCGGCCUGUCGAUAUGAAAGCAUUCGAUUGCAUGAAGAAACAAGGUUUUGAUUUCUUUAUUGGCGAAAUCUCAUGGCCAGACGGAUCAAUUAAUGGGGAUGGAAUAACGGCUAUCGGGAAUGCGAUACAAUCCGGAUUUAGAGCCGAUGCUUAUAUAUUUCCAUGCGCAAAGGGUGAUUGUCCUGGGAUUGACGCAAAAACACAGGGAGAAAAUUGGGGCAUUUACACGAGGGCCAACGAUUGGGCGAAAAUUGUCGGUGAUUGGGAUGAGUACACGAAUUUGCCACUUUGGUGGAUCAAUCCAUCGUCCACUAUACACGUAAUUCCUAUUUCACAAUUUGCUGAU